AUGACGGCCCUCGACAAUCUGCUCGCGCGCCUCUCCCGGCCCUCGCCGCUCCUCAUCGCCGCAACAGCGACCACCCUCCUCAUCGCCGUCCCCACCCUCCGCCUCGCCAUCCUACAGCGCCAGCUCGCCGCACGCAUCACAUCACACCAAACCCUCACCGGCGACGACGCGCGCCGAAAAGCCACCUCUGCUUCCUCCUCACCCAAGUCCAUCUUUACAACAAAAACAACAACUCCAACUCCCAGCAAUAGCCCUUCCCUGCCCGGUCUUGGCGCCUUGAAAGCCAACCUCCCCCCCGCCCUCCUCACCGACCCAGCGGCCCACAACAUCUUCUACGACAUCUCCACCCUCGCGGUCCCGUCCUCGUCGCUGCCGCCGGCCCUCACGACCCACGACCUCCUGACCGCGUACCUGCAGCACACGCUGACGCUGUUCUCGCGCACGCCGCAGGCGUACGUGCUGUGGGCGAUGAGCGGGCGCGAGCAACGGCGCAGUUUCGAGCGGGAUUGGAUCGAGAGUCUGCCGUUUGAGGAGGGGGGUGUGGUUUGUGGGUUGUAUAGGGUUUUGGAGAGGGGGGUUGAGGAUGAGGGAAAGAAGGGGUGGGUGUGUUUUGAGAUGGGAAUGGGGAAGGUGGAGGGGAGGUUGGUUAUUGGUGUGGGAGCCCAGGAGGGUGAGGGGGAGGGGGAGGAAGGAGGAAAUGGGAAGAAGGAGGGAGGGGUGGAGCGGGAGAGGAUGGUGUUUAGUACCGAGACGUGGAUGUGGGUGCGGAGGGAGGAGGGGGUGGUGAUGCCUAUGGAGAGGGCGGUGCCGAGGUUUAUGCAUAGGGUCGGGAGUUGGUCUUUGUUGGUCAGGGGGACGGAGUGGUUGCAGGGCUUGGGGAGGUGA